AUGAAGAGGAGAGCGGCUCCUCCUCCACCUCUUAUCUCCUCCUACGCGUUUCAAAUAUUAAUCUUCAGCUUGACUUCAACGCUUCUUUUCGUGUUUUUCUUGGCUUGUUCCUUGGUCGAUCCAUCCUUGCCAAUAAGCGAGAUUAAGAGUGAGCUUAAUGGCAGCUUCCAACAAGGAUCUGCAGCAGGUUCGAGCAAUUUCAAAGCAGCGAAAUCGAUCAAAUUCCCCUUCUUACCAUCUCGACAUCAAGUAAACGAUUUCUUUCAGUCAUCGAUCAGAAGAGGAAAGAGAGUAUUCUCAUCUUCAAAAUCAGGUCCUUACGACUUUCUGGAACCAAAAUUGGAUUUCUUGCCACCCUUUGCUACGAUUGCCAACGUGGACGAGCUGAUACAUGAUACAUUGGAAAAUGAUCGUCCCACUCUUGCUGGAAUUGUUGGAGUGCUCGAUCGUUUCAUCAGCGAUCUUCGCACGUCCAACCAAGCUUUGGCUUCCCAAGCUUACAACACAUUGAAUAACAGAGCGGCCAAUCCGAUCCACCCUGCCGAUAUCCGAGCAGCCUACUUUGCCCUAGCUUCGAAGCACUUGAUUCCCUUGGACAAGGCCUUGAGGCAAUCAGAAUAUCCAAAAUUAAGAGAAGAUGGAUCUGUUUUCAUGUCACUCGCUGCCUUUCGAGAACACAUCCUUGCUGAUACGAUGAAAUCAGCAUUUCGGUACUCCAGCAAUCCAGACAAGCUAUACGUCGGGGCCGUAGUUCAGAAUUGUUUUGGAGGAAAAGGUUUAAAUGCGUGCAAGACUGGAAUGCAAGUGGUCGACGCCAAACGAGAUAUCCGUCAAGUCAUGGAUGCCCCACCGGAUGAAAAUGGAAUUGAACUAUUUUGCUCGGAUCCAGAAUUUGCAAAGUAUUGCAAGGCUGGUCAAGUUCGAGUGCUAUAUAUGCAUGAAACAGAAGCGAUUGGGCCAGCAACAGCAAGAUAUCUAGCAUCCAAACUAUGGGGAGGCGAAAACUACUAUGUUCAAGUCGAUAGUCAUUUGCAAUUCGCAAAAGGAUGGGAUGAACUUUAUAUCAAGGACUUGCAUCUCGCCAAGGCCUUCCCGAAUGCCAUUCUGUCGACCUACCCGCCUGGUUUUAUCAAUUUCCGGCAGGAACCUCCCUACACGCGCGGCACCAGAAUAUGCAACUGUCACUUUAGUGAGGGAGAAGGAAACAUUCUGCGAGUGGAAAUGAAUGGCCGGUGCAAGGAAAAUGAGACAAGACCUAGCCAAAUGCCAUUUGCGGGUGCGGGGUUUGUCUUUGCGCAUUCUCAGCUGCUCCGAGAUGUACCAUAUGACCCAUAUUUACCAUGGUGUUUCAUGGGAGAAGAGAUCGCCUACAGCAUACGUGCGUGGACGUCUGGGUGGAGCAUAUAUGCUCCAAGACUCAAUUUGAUUGGUCAUCACUAUCGACCAUUAAAACUGGGCCUUCCUCAUUAUUGGGAAACAGUAAACCGGCUAUUUCCUGGAAUGGCGGACAUUUUAAUGUCCUCACCACGGAAACGAAUCAAGAAUCUUGUUGGGUAUCCAAUGUAUACGAAAAAGUUUGUAGAGAAGGAAUGCCAAACAGAGUUGACCAAGGCUCGGAAAUUCGAUGAUGAGAGCCUCUAUCAGGAUGAGAAGUUCUACAGUGUCUUGCACAAUCUGGAUUUGUAUGGAUUAGGAUCCAACCGAACACUGGAAGAUUACCUCGCAUUUGCCGAAAUAAAUUACAGGACACGUACAUGUGGGGACCUCAAAUGGUGUUCGAAUGGAGAAGUGGAGUAA